ACGAGGCAAUCUUUUUCGAGCGUUCAUCCAGACCACGGUUGCUUUCCAACUACGUACACAGUCGACACUGUGCAACACAGUGUCUAUUAGUGUGAGAAAGAGCAUAUCAGUGGUCUCACUCACGCUAGUGGACACGGUGUUAGACAGUGUCGCCUGUGUACGUAGUUGGAAAGCACCCUUUAUCUUUAUCACUCUCACUAGAUAUGAAACAAAGAUCAAAUCACACACUUUGAACUCGGUCGGAUGGGGAAUCGAAACACAGCCGAGUCACUCCGUACCAUCGUUCUCGUAUUAAGUUAAAUUGAAUAACAAAGUUUCGAUAUUGGUUCAACAAACUGUUCAUUGGACGUGACUAAAGAAUAUCCGAGCCAUCUGAUGAAAGAACAGACAAACAGAGACAAAGAAAAGAAAAGUUAGUCUUGUACAGUUUUGACGUAAGACAAGUUGCACCGAGUUAAACCGCCAUACUUUAUUCUAAUGAAGCAAAACAGCGAAAGGAUAGUUUUCCGUGUUAUAUGCUUUAUAUUGUGAAAGAUUGGAAUUUGUAUAAAAUACAUUUCAAUGGAUCUAUUAAGGAAACUGUUUCUUAGAGGGUCUACUGAACCUCACUUGGAUGAUUUAGAGACUGAACAGGAAACAAAAGAACGAUGGAGAAGUGUUCGUGUAAUUUAUUUCACUAUGUUUCUAAUGUCUCUUGGCUUCAGUAUUAUACUUACUGGUGUUUGGCCAUAUUUAGACAAGUUGGACCCUACAGCGGGAAAAGAGUUUAUGGGUUAUGUAGUGGCAGCUAAUCCAUUGGGACAAAUGCUGUUUUCCCCUUUGGUGGGUUGGUGGGGCAAUAAAAGAGGAUCCGUAAGAUUACCGCUUUUAGUCACUUUAGCAGUGUUCACUCUUGCAUCAGCAACUUAUAGUAUCCUUGAAGUGAUACCUGGUAACAAAAAAUCUUACAUGAUUGUUGCUAGAUUCUUUGUUGGAGUUAGUGCUGCUAAUAUUGCAGUAGCAAGAUCUUAUUUAUCUGCAGCUACAAGACUUUCGGAACGUACACAUGCAGUUUCCAUGGUAUCUCUUGCACAGGUACUGGGUUUUGUGGUAGGUCCUGGACUUCAGGCUGCUGUAACACCUUUUGGAGACCGCGGUGUGAUGUUUAUGGGACUUCCUAUAAACAUGUAUACAGCGGCUAGUUGGAUUAAUGUUAUAAUGGGAAUAUUCAAUUUUUGUUUGUUUUUUCCAUGUAGCUUUAAAGAACACAAAAUUGCUAUAAAAGAAGCUAUGCGUAAUGAAGGCAAAGCUACAGAAAAAGAAACCUGGAAGGCUAUAAAGCCUGAUUAUCUAGCAUCGUGCACUUUAAUUUGGGCGUUCUUUGUUUUGGUUUUCAAUUUUGUGCUUCUUGAAACACUCGGCACUUCUCUCACUAUGGAUCAAUUUGCUUGGACUAAAAAGGAAGCAUUGUAUUACAUGGGAUUAUUGAUGAGCAUUGGAGCUUUGAUAGCUUGUAUUACUUUUACCAUGAUUGAACCACUUUGUAAGAGAUUUGAGGAACGUAAAGUAAUGCUAUGGGGCGGAUUCUUUUUUAUGUUAAUUGGACGAGUGCUGUGUAUUCCAAUGGGCUCCAGUCUUCCUAAACUAGCAGAUUUUGGACCGUACAACAAUAUCACGGUAGAUGCCAAUGGAACAGAAAUCGUUGGCUGUCCAAUUAGUCAAGACUGGUGUAGAUACACUCCGCAAGUAUUGAUUACUCCGUUUAUGAUCGGUUAUGGUUUUACAGCUGUGGGUUAUCCUCUCGGAGUAACAUUGAUACAAACUAUAUUUAGUAAAAUUCUCGGACCACGUCCGCAAGGUGUAUGGAUGGGUCUAUUGACUGGUGCAGGUUGUGCAUCUCGUGUUGUCGGUCCUGUGUUUGUUGGCCUCAUUUAUACUCGAUACGGAACGUACCACACUUUUGGCAUCACAGGUGCAACAUUAAUUAUAUCCAUGAUUUGGUUACAAUCUGUAAAUAAACGUUUGAUUCCACCAGAGCUAAAGAAAAGCAGCGAAGUUUCGGAUGUGGAAAGAAAACAUAUUGAAAUCCCGUUAGUUCAGUUAGAAUCUAAUAAUAUUCAACCAUUGCGCGAAGCUCAAAAGUUUAAUGGAACAUCGGAUAAAGUAUAAUAUAAGAUGUGAUAGACAAAUCUAUCGUUGCAAAAGAGAGAGAGAGCAAGAUAUAACUGCCACAGCAAAUUAUAUAUAAGCGUUAACAUUGCGAUAAUAA